CUGGGGACCUGAAAAAGAGGAUAGAGAGAGAAGUUCGAUUAGAGACGUUGCCGGACUUAGACAAAGGUUUUGCCGGAAUUCAUAAUUCCCGUUCACGUCCGGUUUAGGGUUUCAAUUUUCUGAUAUUCAUAUAGAGAGAGGGAGAGAGAUUUUGGAAUCGAAUUGAAACUUGGGUUCAAGUCCGCACCAUGUUUGUACUGGAUACGGAAUAUUUACUGUUCAAUUAAGGGUUGUGUGUUGUGUUGUUUGUAUUGUAGAUCUGUAGACUUAGGAAUUGAGGAGAGGCUGUUGUCGGAGUUGUAGUGGCGAUGUUGACGCCGCAGAAGAAGACGUGGAGUGGGUGGUCGCCCACCCCUAGGAGAGAAGCCCAGAAGACUGGUGAUUCAAACUCGAAAGGGCCAAAUCCGAGUCUGAAUGGUGUGGGCCCAGUUGAGGCUUCCUUUAAUCGCCAAGAAUUAUUGGAGAAGAUCACGAAGCUCGAAAAUGAGCUUUUUGAUUACCAGUAUAACAUGGGGCUCCUCUUGAUUGAGAAAAAAGAGUGGGCUUCUAAAUAUGAAGGACUUGGGCAGGCAUUGGCAGAAGCUACGGAAACUCUCAAGCGGGAGCAAGCAUCACAUUUAAUUGUUAUUUCUGAUGUUGAGAAGCGAGAAGAAAAUUUCAGGAAGGCUUUGGGUGUUGAGAAACAGUGUGUGCUUGAUCUGGAGAAGGCUUUGUGUGAAAUGCAUUCCAAAAAUGCAGAAAUUAAAUUUACAGCUGAUUCAAAGUUGGCAGAGGCGAAUGCUUUAAUUAAUAGCAUUGAAGAAAAAUCUCUCGAGGUUGAGGCAAAAUUGCAUGAUGCUGAUGCAAAGCUUGCUGAAGUAAGCAGAAAGGGUUCAGAGAUUGAGCGAAAAUUCCAGGAGGUGGAAUCUCGAGAGAAUGCAAUUCGAAGGGAACGGCAGUCUUUCAUUGCAGAGCGAGAAAUGCAAGAAACUAAUUUGUUGAAGCAGAGGGAGGACUUGCGAGAAUGGGAGAGGAAAUUGCAGGAGGGAGAAGAGAGGCAAUCAAGAUCACAGAGGCUCAUUAACCAGAGAGAGGAGAGAGCAAAUGAGAAUGAUAGGAUCUUUAAGCUGAGAGAGAGAGAUCUUGAAGAGGCACAGAAGAAAAUAAAUGAAUCAAAUGCAACUUUGAAAAAGAAGGAAGAAGACUUAAACACCAGGCUAGCAAAUUUAGAACUCAAAGAGAAGGAAUAUGAUUCUAUGCAGAAGAGAUUGGUAGUGAAAGAGAGGGAGCUACUUGCACUAGAAGAAAAAUUAAAUGCCAGAGAAGGAGUUGAGAUUCAAAAGCUAGUUGAUGAACACAAUGCCAUCUUGGAUGCGAAGAAACGUGAAUUUGAUUUGGAACUUGAUCAAAAGAGGAAAAUCUUUGAUGAGGAUUUGAAAAGCAAGGUGCUUCAGGUGGAGAAGAAGGAAGCCGAAAUUAAUCACAUUGAAGAGAAAGUUUCAAAACGAGAACAGGCAUUGGAUAAGAGAUUGGAAAAGCUUAGGGAGAAAGAGCUGCAAUAUGAAUCGAAGUCUCAAGCUCUAGAGGAAAUGGAAAAGGCAAUUGGAUCUGAGGAGAAGAACUUGGUGACUGAGAGGAAACAAAUUGCUGCUGAUUAUGAGGAUUUACUAUGUCUAAAGGCUGAAGUUGAGAAAAUAAGGGCUGACAAUGAGGAACAACUAAUGAAGAUUCGCGAAGAGAACAAUCGGCUAAAAAUUAGUGUGGAAGAGAGGGCAGAAUAUUUGCGCCUACAAUCAGAGCUGAAAGAGGAAAUAAAAAAGUGCAGGGUCCAGGAAGAAUUGUUUUUGAAGGAAACAGAGGAUUUGAAGCAGCAAAAGGAGUUGUUUGAGAGGGAAUGGGAACAGCUAGAUGAGAAAAGAACAGAGAUUGAGAAAGAGUUGAAGGGUGUCAUCGAACAGAAGGAAAAAUUCGAAAAGCAGACACACUAUGAUGGAGAAAGGUUAAAAAGUGAAAAGCAGCUGACACAAGACUACAUUAAGAGGGAGCUGGAGGCUCUUGAAGCUGCAAAAGAAUCAUUUGCAGCCAGCAUGGAGCAUGAGCAGUCCAUGAUGUCUGAAAAAGUGCAAUGUGAAAGAAACCAAUUCCUUCAUGAAUAUGAGAUGCUGAAAACAGAACUUGAGACUGAUUUGCAGCAUAGGCGGGAGGAGUUGGAAAAACAGUUGCAUGAGAAGGAGGUGUCAUUAAAUGAAGAGAAAGAGAUAGAACUUGGCAGUAUAAAUAAAUUGAGGGAAGUAGCUUCAAGGGAAAUGGAAGAGAUGAGGCUGUCUAAACUUAGAAUCGAAGAAGAGAAACGCAAAGUGGCAGAAAAUCAGAAGCAUCUUGAAGAACAGCAACUUGAUAUGCGAAAAGAUAUUGACAAGCUUGUUGACCUUAGUGAGAAAUUGAAAGACCGGAGGGAACAAUUUAGUAAAGAGAGAGAGCAUUUCAUUUUAUUUGUUGAGCAACACAAGAGUUGUAAAAAUUGUGGUGAACUAAUCUCUGACUUUGUGCUUACUGAUUUACAAGAAGUCGACAAUGUAGAGGUUCCAACAGUGGUUAAUGAUUACCUGAACAAAGGUGUUCAUUUAAAUGCUGCUGAUGAUGAGAGGCAAAAAAAUUCCAAAGUGGAUAAUUUAGAGUCUCCGGCUUCUGGUGGAACAGUUUCGUGGCUUCGAAAAUGCACCUCAAAGAUAUUUAAGUUCUCUCCAAACAAAAAGAUUGAGCCUAUUGCUCUUCAGAAUUUUAAAGAAGACGAACCUUUCUCUGGCGAGCGCGAUAACGGGGUGGGACCCAGUGCCAGAGAUGCUGAUGCUAGCGAGGAUCUAUCAGUUGAUCAUCACAGCAACAACAGUAAGGCACCUGAAAUUCUUGCAGAUUCCCAUAAGCCUGAUAUGAAGCAUGGCCGGCAGCUUCGCAGGAGAGGAAGACCUGGAGUAAAUAGAACACACUCUGUGAAGGCAGUUGUCCAAGAUGCAAGGGCCAUUCUUGGGGAAGCUUUUGAUGCUGAGCACCAAAAUGGAACUGCUGAGGAUUCUGGUGAUCUGAUUAGUGAAAGCCGGGGUGAGUCUAGCCUUGCCGAUAAGAGAACAAUAAAUCCCAGAAAGCGUAGUCAUGCUCGCACAUCUCAAGUAACUAUGAGUGGGCAAGCUGGUGAUGACAGUGAAGGGCAGUCUGAUAGUGUAACAGCAGGUCAGCGUAAGAAGAGGCGACAAAAAGUUGCCGUAGACAUGCAAACUCUGGGUGAGACUCGAUAUAACCUCCGGCGUCUGAGAACUGGAAAAACAGCUGCAGCUGCAGCUGCUAGAGCAUUGUCUGAUGAGAACAAACAAAACGAGAAUGUGGUGGAAGGUAUUAGAGAUUCAGAUGAUGGGGUCAUCGCCUCUGAGGAUGCUCCUGUGUCUUUGGCUGGAGUCGCUGGUGAGAAUGGCAGAAGCACACGACUGGUGCGGUGUGGAAAUCUGGAAGAUGAUCAGGGUGAAGCAGGAAAAUCAAAAUUGGCUGAAAUUAUGGCACUGAGUGAAGAAGUGAAUGGGACUCCGGUAAGAGCUGGUAAAUUUGGUAGGGACGAGUAUCAGACCGAUGAGGAUGAUGACGACGAUGAGGAUGAGGGAGAGUCUCGACAUGUUGGAGAAGCAUCAGUAGGAAAGAAACUUUGGACCUUCCUUACGACAUAAUAGUCUAAUCAUGUUUUCUUUUUGGGUGGCUUUCUAGCUUUCUAGGGUAUGCCAUUUAUCUUCUUUUGUAUUCUCAAUCUCUAGUAGUGGUGUGUAUUAACAUUUACAUUGUAGUUAACAACAAUCUGUUCCAAAUUCAUGUAGGGUUCUCCUGUGUUAUUUCUACUCGAGGAUUAGGAUGUCGUCCAUUUAUUAUUUUUUCCCUACAACCUCAAUGGUUUGAUGUAAUGCCAAUGCUUAUUUCACGGACAACUAUUUUGCCGAUUGUGUAUUGAAUAGGUUUUGCGAUUUGCUGUCUGAAAUGAUUGUUUUAGCUGA